CGCGCCGCCUGGUCCUCCGCCCGCCGGCUCGGGAGCCUGGGAGCCUGGGUCCUCCCUCCGACUGCCGCCCACCGCUUGGCACGGCAGCAGAAAUUAAGCCGACAGAACAUGGCCGACCUGGCCAAGGUGGGAAAAGUGACCGUAGUCGACGGUGGGAAAGUCUACAGGCAGAUUUUUGAUGACGAGGUGCAGCUGGUUCAUUCCCUGGCAGCAACCAGAAAAAAGGCAGCAGAGAAUCCUUAUCGCUUAACUAGUAGAAAGGUGCCCCUGAUCAGGAAUUUUGAAACACAACCUGGGAAGUUAUUAUCUGAUCGCCAGCAGUCAUGGGUGCAAGGGCUACCAAACGAUGGUGUCACAGAAAACCCUGUUUUGUACAGGGAAAUCAAAAAAUCUGCCAUUAAAGAGGCUCAAGAGAGUGAAGACACAAUUGCAGCUCGAGAAGUCAGAGGCCUGGCCGAUAGUAUUGUUCCGGAGAAGAGCAACAGCAAUCUCAUCGACUGGCUGGAGAACCACAGAAGAAGCCGCCAUGAAGCUGCAGUGACCGCCUUUGAGCAGGAAAUGGCACAGAUAGGGAUGGAAAUGGAAUCCACCAUCCUGGAGCCCGGAAAGGUGCUUUUGACAAAGCUGUCCGAGUCAGAUGAAACGAUUCAGCUUCUUUUCCAAAAGAUGGAAAAUAGCGAGGAACUGGGCACCUUCACAAUUGAGGGCUUAUGGGAAUUAUGGAAUAGCAUAGCCCAGGAAUCCUUGAAAAGAAGGCGGUGGAUUAAAGAGAUGGAUGAAGCAUUAAAUAAUGUUGAAGCCGCUCGAAUGGAGAAGAUAAAAGUAGUGCUGAAGAAAUAUACAAAGAUUCUAGAAGAAAUUUCUUACCUUAUGCCUCCUGAUGUUUACCGGCUGAUACAUAAAGAAGCCAUGGUUAUCAAUCAAGCCUUGCUGGCUAAUCAGAGGGCCAUCGCCAAACUGAUUCUUCAUCUGAUGGAGGCUGAUCUGAAGAAGGAAUUAGCUCACCGUUUUAGGUGGCAGGACCAGGUGAAGGUGUGGAAGAAAAUAAAGAAGGAUGCAGUAAUUGAGAGUUUCAGUGCAUUUAUAGCAAGUGAGGAGAUCCAGAACCCUCCAGCGUUGAAGGAAGACUUGGAGAUCAUGAUCAAGGAGCAGACAUUAUUUAGUCAGAAAAUAAUUCAGCUUCUCCAUUCUGUCAGUAACGUAUUGCCCCCGACAUAUACCAAGUCACUGAUGAAUGAGUGGUAUAAUUCUCUUGUCACCUUGAACAAGCAAUUAGAUGCCUAUAAUGUGCAGUGUAUGAUGAAGAUUCGUAUCCAACAUGAGAAAACCUGGGAGAAAUGUCUAAGCCAGGUGCAAAAAUACAAGGAACAAAUGCUGGAUUGGAAAAUCUGCACAGAAGAGGAAGCUGAAAAAGAAAUAAACCCCAGAUUUUUCCAAAAGAUUGGAGAGUUCCAGCGUGAGGUGGAAAAUGAACUGGAGUUUAUGGAUCAAUCCUUUGAGGCUCAGGCUAAGCAGAUGGAGUGGAAAAGCAAAGACUUCUACAAGUACCUCCAGGAAGCCGUUCAGCUUUGGGAAGUUCAUCAUUUCAAUCUGUCUCAGCAAGAGCAAGAACUUCAGGUGAAAAUAGAUGAGUGUCGACAGAAGCAUGAAAAUGAGGACCAGACGAAGGAAGCAAAUCUGGAUAUGAUUUUGGACAAACUGAGGCAACAGAGUACUGAAGAAGAUUUGAAGGCACACUUGGAAAUGGCCUAUGCUUCCCUGAAAGAUAUUAAAACUGGGUAUGAGACCUUUCACCACGAUCUCCUAGAGAAAGUGAUGACCUACCCAGAGGCUAUACUGAAAGAGCUAACUUCUUACAGCACAUCUCUCAGCCAAUAUUUUGGUGUCAGAGAAAUCUUCGUACAGACCUUGGAUGGGGAAGCGAGAUUCACAUUUAAAGAUCCAGAACCAGUAAUUGUGGCUUCCAUAAAGAAGAUGGAAGAUGUGAAGGAAACCCCUAGGGAGAGCCACUCUUAUCGUUCUUAUGAACAAGCAGAAGCAGAAACAAGGGAGAAAAGCUUGGUGGAAGAAAGUGAGGAGACUGAAAAUGGAAGGAAAAAUCUCCCAGAGGAAAACAAAGAGUCAGAAAUAGGGGGAAAGAGCCCAAUAGAAAGAAACGAUAAAACCCAGAUGACAGUUCUAGCCCAAGAAAGAGAAGGCACAGAGAAUAUAUGUGAGACCCAACCUCUGGACAGUCAGAAAAUGGAGAGUCAGAAGGAGGGUGAAGAAAUAGAGAGUCAAAGUGUAGAAGAAACAACAGCAGCCACCUCUCAGGAUAAGGCUAUUUCUGAAGAAAGUGGUGUGAAGGAGAACCCUGACUCUGUUAUGGAAGUCUUCACAACUUCUAGUGGAAACACAUACUCUGUCUUUCAACCCAAUGGAGUACACGAAAGUCAGAUGUCUUGGACUUUUUUAGGGAGUGUAAUGACUGAGAAAAUGCCUUCACCCAAGUAUCUGAAUCAAGUGGUUCUACCAGACGGUCUCUUCCUAGAGCUAAAGAAAAGUAUUCGCAUUGGUUUUUUUGAGCACCUUGAGAAGUGGUUUGACCAGGCCCUGUCAAAUGCCAAUGUUAUUGUAGCUGCUAAGUCAGAGGAGAUAAAUUCAGAACUGGAGCUGCGUUUUCACAUACAAGACCCACGGGCCCAACGCAUAGAGAAGGAAAUCUACAGUGUCAGAGCAGCUGAACUGUUGCUGCACCAGGACCGAUUAGAUCGUCACUGCGCCGGGGUGAUCGAAGCCUUGGACAAGGAGAAGGUUGAGUUCAUCAAAGUCCAAGACGAGCAAAACAUCAGGAGCAAAAACUUCCGUAAAAAGAUAACCAACAUGGAGUUAUUCUUCCUAAAUGCCACCAAGUCUGAUAAGCUGGUCUUCCUCAGUAACUCUCUUCGUUCAGAACUGCUUCAUCAUGUGGAAGUUAUGCAGAUCUCCCUGAGGAGUUAUAGACAGUACUUAGAGGAAGCCUUGGGGAAACUGCGAGACUCAAACAUAGACUUUAUUAAAGCUUGCAGAUUGUUUUCUGAGGGAGGCAACUUUUCUUCAGAAGAAAUCGAGCUCUUUUGUACAAGAUUGGAGAAGGAAUCUUCCCGAAUUGAGUUCGUUGAAGGUUUAAUCAUGGUUGACAUGGAGAAAAUGGAAUCUUAUUACUUAGAGAAGGCAACUGACGUCAUUCAUAAAUUUGAAACCAGAUUCCACAAUCUGACAGUGGAUUUGCUUUUCUUGGAGAAAAUCCAAAGAUUUUUGACAAACUUGCAAGUGAAAAUCAAGACUGAGGUGGCAAACUCCAAUUUUCAAACUGAAAUGUUAAAUGCUGAUCUAAAGCAGUUUCAAAACAAGAUUGAUAUCUGUGGUCAUCCAAGUGUGGAUAAAAAAACUGUGACUGCGGAAGAUGUGUACAGUUUUGCCAAAUAUUUGAUGGAAAAAUUCACCCAAAGGACCAUGUAUCUCAACAGUUAUCUCACACAAUUGGAACACAAAUCAAGUGUGAUGGAACCUUUAGUCCCACUCCAAGACAAUGGUAUAACUACAAGUUCAGUCCAACUGGAGAGCUACAAAGAGGAAAGCAAGGUAGAAAGCAUCACUUCAGAGAUUCUGGUCCAGCCAAGCCGAAUGGGAAAGUCAAUGAUUGAUGACGUGGCUGUGGAAGUGAUCAAAAACAUCCUUGAAAUCCCCGUGAGAAGAUCUAUAGAUUACUCGCAAGAGCGAGAUGAUUGUUUGCAAUUAGGAAUAGCAGGGAAUAAUAUAGGAUCAAAUGGACAGAAAUGUGCAAGCCAGCAACCUGAGGGAAACCUCAGUGUUUCCCAGAAGAAAGCUAGUGGCUUGACCAAAAAGCGCUCAUCGGGGAGUGUAUUCAAAUACUCUCGACCCAACCGACAAGACAAGAAGUACCAGAUAUUUGGAGAGAAGCCAGAGACUUCUGAGCACUUUAAAGGGAUCAUCCACCAUCUCCUCUGGGAGAGUAAUGAAAUCUUGCUGACGGUAGCCGAGGAUUUUUACCGUAAGGAGAAGCAUCCCAUCACAAGACCCGACUACCUGCAGGAGACGUUCGAUCAGUGUGCAGAAAUGUUAGGGAAAAAGCUCCUGGACUAUCAGAGGCAGACGGAUGACUACCACAAUUCCUGCCUCCUGGAGUUCCGGAGUCAGCUAAAGGAGUUUGAGGAGCACCUCCCUCGCGUGCUCCACCUGGUCAUCGAAAGCUUUCUCCAGCAACAUCUGCAGAACCUACUCUGCUCCAUCGAUGAGAUCCGACAACAGUUCAAAAACAAAUUGGAACAGUGGGAGCGUGCAAAGGCUGAAAACCAAAAUAAACUCCGUCCAGCUCUGGGGCACCCAGAGAGCUUUCAGCAGAUGAAAUCCCUGUGCCAAGAGGAAGCGAGACGGCAGGAGGAACACAAAUAUGGGAUUUCUGCUAACACCAAGAAACUGCAGAAAUGUGCCAAUAAAUGUGCCCGGAAUUUUGUGAUUUCCCUAGUCGCCCUCUCAAAGAAGCUGCUUCUGGAAUUAGAUGAAGUUGUCACUAUCGAUGAAGUCCAAGUAGCAAAAACAGAAGUACCCAAGCAAAAGACCUUGACCUUAAUUCGUUGGAAGCGUGCUGGUCUUUCCCUAGAAGAAGAAGAACUGAAGCCUUUAUGUGAGCGGGGGUUCAGAAAGUGGCCAGGAAUCCCCAGCACAGUGCUGACUCGCCAGAACAAAAUCCUCACAAGAAAAUCAGCUACUGUGAAGACAACCAAAACUACCCUGGGCCACUUAGCUGCUGUUGAAGCAAGAGAUGCUGCUUAUAUGAAAUACUUAGACACCUUGCAGGGGGAGCUGGACAGCAUUACAGAAGAAAGCACCAUUCAGAUGAAGAAAGCUCAGAAAUGGAAAGAAUGGUGGGACCUCUCCGUGCAAACCAUCAACCAACUGUAUGCCUGAUUCCUGCACCCUUUCCUUUCUCGGACACUAGCAACUUUCACCCCGCAAAUAAAACUUUUCUAAGUAACA